AUGGCUUCUUUGACUUCCUCUUCUUCGUCAUCUUCAUCGACCACGAAGCAUCCUCUGUACAGAGGAAUUCGGUGCAGGGGUGGAAAAUGGGUGUCGGAGAUCCGGGAGCCACGUAAGACGACACGCAUAUGGCUAGGUACAUUUCCGACACCCGAGAUGGCUGCCACAGCUUACGACGUUGCCGCUCUCGCUCUCCGAGGUGAUCAAGCCAUCCUUAACUUCCCCUCCUCUGUUGCCUCCUAUCCUGUUCCUGCCUCCACCUCCCCGCUUGACAUACGCAAUGCUGCCUCCGCCGCCGCCAAUGCGUUGAACAAAGUUGAGACUUGCAGCACUAACAUUGAAGAUAGUGGUAAUACGGCGUCGUUCGUGGAUGAGGAGGAGAUUUUUGGGAUGCCAAGUUUGCUGGCCGACAUGGCGGAGGGGAUGAUGGUGUCGCCGCCAAGAAUGAACUCUCCACCGCUGUCUGAUGACAACUCCGAUGGAACGGAAUGUUUAUGGAACUAUUUUUUAUGA